CGCCGCGCAUCAGCGUACAACUUCACGCUAGCUAACAACUUACCGACACGCAUAACGUCGAACUGUACGAUAGCACAUGGUGCAACGGUGGUAAAAUGGCUUCGCCUAUUCCCUGUGUAGCUGUGAGAGGGUCUACUGGUAUAAACUUAGCGCAAGGUCCACCGUCCUAUGAACCAGUCAAAACAUUCCCCAGAGAUGACAGCAAAACAUGUAAGGCCAUGCUUUUUAGUCCGGAUGGCCGAUAUUUUGCAUGGAUUAACGGAGCUAUUAUUAAAAUUAUAUUAUGUGAGAACUGGAAGUUAGUUGCUGAAAUUGCACGACCUAAAGUCUGUGCUAUUCAAUUCUCCACUCUUAGUACAUACCUCGCAACAUGGGAACCAUCCUUUGUAACACAAACAAGUCCUCAAGGAACAGAAAAUCUUCACAUAUGGAAGUCUGAAAAUGGUGAGCUAGUCCACAGUUUUGUGCAGAAAAAACAAGUCAAUUGGGAGCCACAGUGGUCGAGUGAUGAGAAACUCUGUGGAUUGUUGAAUGGUACAAAUGUUCUUUUAUAUGAAAAUAACAAUUUUGAUAAAUAUGUAUACAAAAUAAGUGGAGCCAAAGUUGCCAAAUUUAGUAUAGCACCUGGUAAUGCUCCGUAUCAUAUUCUUUGUUACAUGCCAGGAAAACCUGGCCAGCCUUCCUUGGGAAGGUUAUUUAAAUAUCCAAAAUUUGAGAUCGGAGACGCGCUUGCAAGCAAAAGUUUCUUCCAGGCGGAUAGAAUUGAUAUUUAUUGGAAUCGACGCGGAACAAACGCGUUGUUGAUGACGAGUAUUGAAGUUGAUAAGAGUGGCGCGUCAUAUUAUGGAAAACAAACGUUGCAUUAUAUCAGCACAAAAGGAGAUACGGCUAUAGUUACGCUUAGUAAAGAAGGUCCCAUACACGCGGUAGAAUGGUCUCCCGCGAACAAUGAAUUUUGUGUCGUGUAUGGGUUUAUGCCGGCCAAAGCGACGUUGUUCAAUCUUAAGUGCGAAGCAGUAUUCGAAUUUGGCACGUUACACAGAAACUGUGUAUAUUACAAUCCACAUGGAAAUAUAUUGCUUUUGGCUGGAUUCGGCAAUCUUAGAGGCGGUAUCGAACUGUGGGACGUUGCAAAUAGGAAACUUAUUGCAAAAACUGACGCGCCGGAUACCACGAUGCUCCAGUGGUCGCCGGACGGUGAACACUUUGUGACGGCGACCACAGCGCCUAGAUUACGAAUGGGCAACGGGUUUAAGAUUUGGCAUUACACCGGCUCGCUAGUGUACCAACGACCGUGGAACAAUCAAGAAGAACUUUGGGAAGUGAUUUGGCAGAGUUUCCCUCCCAAUACUUUUCCACAGAAACCAAUUAGUUACAAAGCAGUCGAGGGUAUCGUCACGAAUUCUAGUCAAUCACAAGCACCGAAAGAAGCGUACAGACCACCAUCUGCCAGAGGACAAAAUAUCACGUUCAAAUUGCACGACGAUAUAGAACCACCUUCUAAACCAGGCGCUGAACCAAAUCCAUCGAAAGCCGCUCUGAAGAUGAAGAAAAAUCGAGAAGCCAAAAAAGCUAAGAAGGAAUUAGAAUUCAGCGGUUCGGCUAUUAAUGGACAAGUUACGAGUACGAGUAGCACAUCGACGAGCGUAAAGAUGGAAUUAACGGACGAUCCUGAAAAGAACAAAAAAAUUAAGAAAGUCAAGAGUAAAUUAGAACAAAUUUCGAAAUUGAAAGAACAAUUGAAAGCAGGAAAGCAGUUAGAAAUAAAUCAAUUAGACAAGAUCAAGAAGGAAGACGAACUGCUAAAAGAACUCGAAGAGCUUACGUUAUGAUAGGCCAUUUUAGACUAAGCGGAAUAAAAUCGAGGAACAAGGAAAAACUCCAUCUUCUAUACUCUCUCAAAAUAAAAAAACAAAAACAAGGUUGUAGGAAAUCAAUUAAAUAUGAACACGUAAAUCAAAAUGGUGCAUCUUGAUAAGAAAUUCAAAGAAAAAAACAAACAAACGAGAUUUACGUGGAUAUCGUACACCGAAUUUUAGAUACAAUCGAAUAUCGCAAGAUGAUUGCAAGUACGAUACUGAGUCCAAGGAUUGUGUUCUCACCAGUGAAUUCUGUAAUAUACUGGCUAACCAAUAAUCAUAACUGUUGUGUAAGUCUUUGGAAUCGAUUCCAAUUCAAAGUGAUUUUGCUUUUUUUUGCUGAUCGUUAUACCAUCAUCGUGACGAUGACAAAGAAGAGAUGGCGAAAUUUCGAAAUUUAAUCAAUUCCGAAAACUUACGUAAUAGCAAUUCUCCGAAAUGUGUGUGUGCUCGCUUCAACACGCCGACUCUGAUAUAAGAAUAGUAUUUUUUUUGCUCACUCUCCGGCCGUUUUAUCGUAUCAGCUUACAUUGGAGUGAGCAGUUCCUGGUAUAGUGGAGAGUUCACUGGUUCUCACGCACAAAUAAGAAUAUAAAUUAAUUAGGCUUAAUCGAUAUAGAGAAAACUACUAAUAGUACAUACUAUACUGUGCUGACUACGUUUAUUAUGUACUUGAUCUUGCAAAAAAAUUGACAAUGAUAGAAAUAUAGCUGCAGUACAUAUAUAUAUAUAUAAUAUAUACACACACAUACACAAACACACACACAAUAUUAAUCUUAACCAAAAAUUUCAAACCAUUGUGUGCGAUGUAACAAUUAUUUUCAGGAUGAGAAUGAAAAAUGCAUUUGUUGACUAACUAAAAAGUGCUAGAUACUGCUUGGUUAUAAAACUCACCGGAUCGUUUUUUUUCUCCUAAUAGGAGUUUUGUAAAAAAAAAAAAAAAAAAAAUGACUUGUAUAUUUUCUCUGAAGCUUGUUUUCAGUAUAAAUAUUUGUUUCUAUUGUUUUCCGAAACUAUUUCACAAACAAAUAACAGGAAAAACGCAAAGUCCUAUUAUCUAUGGCAGUUAUAGAUUUUUGCAUUUAAACGUCAGCUAUACACUAUUAUCAAAUAUUAAGACUAAUGUAUCAAGCUUUUCCUUGCAGAGUAAAAACAUUGUGAGGCUUAAAUAAAUGGAUAAGUGGAUUAAUAAUUUUUGACAAGUUUAGUAAACAUCAAAUAAUAAUUGUUGAAUUGACAUUUUAUACUUAAAUUCUUUUUCUAAUUAUUAUUUUGAGCAUAUUUCAGUGUUUUUGUAAGCCUCAUUUGUGUUAUUUUUUCUUUGUUUUUAAACAAUUCAAACGAGAAUGUUUUUAUUAUAUUGCAAUAUGUAAAAGUUGACAUAAAAGGUUUCUUUCAAAUUUAUAAAAAAAAAACUAGAAAUAAAUGUACCUAUUUAGUAUACUUAAAA